AUGGCACACACCUCACAUGGCAAGCACGAUGAUGAUGUUACCAAGACGUUUCUGAGUGCACUGAGCACUACUCGGGAGAUCCGACAACCCAUCGAGGUGCGAGAAGGUCGUAAACCACUGCCCAGAACUGCAGAUGAGUACGAGAUUGUCUACAACCCCGAGACUGAUAAGGACCAUCCUUACGAGAAGUGGAGGCGUAAUCCUAUUCUCAGAUGCCUCGUGACCCGAGAGAUAGCCAGAUACCUAGACAGGAGGACUUUCAUCACCGUGUCUGUCCGGGAGGCGAUCAUAUACUGCAUCUUCCUCAUACUGAUCACUAUCAUCACGUUUGGCUCGACACCACUGGACAUGUUUUAUUUCUCUCAAGCGAUGGCGACUCUUUACACUAAACAGAAGUUCCCGGUGGAGAUGUCUCGUGAUGAGGAUCCAAUAUCAAUCGACUUUUACCAAAUCAACACUCUUGAACAUAUUUGGUUUUAUCAGAACGCCAUCCUUGAUAAAUUAUUUCAUAGCUUCUGGUACACCAAACCAGACCCGUACGCAAGUCCUGAGAACACGCAAGAGUAUUUUUACGAGAACAAACUUAUAGGUUCACCUCAGAUAAGGCAGAUAAGAGUGAAAAAUUCAACCUGUAGCACAGUGGAUGCCAUGAAACACAUGAUACAAACAUGUUACGGACCAUAUACAGAGGGCAAUGAGGAAAAGGGCCAAAUUGGACUUAUAACUUCAGCUACGGCAAAACAGAACUUGGAAUGGAACUCGCCAGACAAGACAGGUUCAAUGUCUAUCUCCGGAUCGCUAGCCACCUACAGUGGAGGCGGUUACGUCGCGAUUCUCUCUCGGCACGGUGACGACGCCACGCAGUUGCUGCUACAACUAAAGAGUCUCAAGUGGUAUGACCGAGCGACUCGCGCGUUGUUCAUAGAGUUCACCAUCUACAAUGGCAACGUCAACUUGUUUUGUAUUUUCAAGCUCAUUUUUGAAAUGCCUCCAACCGGGGGUGUUAUACCCAAUCAUUGGAAUUAUGUACAAAAGCUGAUUCGCUAUAAUGAUUCCUACGAUUUCUUCGUUCUUGGAUGUGAAGUAGUGUUUACGAUAUUUUUCUUCUUCUUCACCCUUCAAAAACUACUGGAAAUCAAAACACUCAAGAGUAAGGUUUUCCGAACAUUUUGGAACUACAUCGACCUAAUGGUUCUUAUUAUGUGCUACAUGACUUUGAUUUUCAACAUAUUGCUGUAUGUUUCUGUAAAUGAUCAACUUCCAAAAUUGGUGGAUCCUUUGAAUGAGAAGAACUACGCCAGCUUUGAUUUCCUAUGUAACAUGCACAUUCUCUACAGCUAUUCCUUCGCUAUUCUCCUUGCCUUUGCUUUCUUGAGACUUCUCAAGUAUCUCAACAUUGUCCACGCCAUGUACCAACUACAGUCCAUGAUCUCAAGGGCAAUGCGAGACAUUUUGAGCUUUUCCAUCCUCUUUUUCUACCUUUACUUUGUUUUUGCCAUGGUCGGUCUGUUUUUGUUUGGAAGUAAGUUGGAGGACUACAAGACAUUUCCCUUGGCAGUGUUUUCACUGCUGCGCUCUUCUGUUGGAGACUUCAACUACGCAAACCUGGUGCAAGCAGACCCAUUCAUUGGUCCACUCUUCUUCUUUACUUUCAUUUUCUUCUGUACAUUCAUUUUGGUGAACAUCUUCCUCGCCAUCCUAGUGUCCAGAUAUGAGGAGGUGAGAAGCGAGGUUCGUAUUGGAGGAGCGAAAACGUUCAUCGGAGAGAUGUUGAAGCUCUGGUUUCUCCGGCUUCUCGAGCGCAUGGAGUGCCACUGGCUACGCUCACAGAUUGAGCGCAAGCAGUUUGAGAAGAAAAUCAGAUCACCCACAGAGGCCAUACGUCACUAUUUGCGACAGGCUGGUUACUCUGAACUAGAAAUCGAGCUGUUUUUCAAGAAAUAUGAUAUCACUGACUCAAAAAUUGCUGCAAUAGAUGAGGAUAGGAUCAGCUUCAGAUCAGGUGAAAGAGAAGCUCCACCUCCCUUGUCUCAAAAGGACAUAUUGCGCUACAUAGUCAUACAGAAGCUGGAGUACUUGGAAAACCACUAUCAAGCUGCUAGUAAGCUGAUUGACGAGUUCCUCAACAAACUAACAAAGUUUGAGAAGAAACAGUAACUUUUAACAUUAAGUUUGUGAAGAUUUUUCCAAUUUUGUAUGUUGAUUUUUUAAUUUGAAUUUUUUA